UUUGUAUUAGCUACCUGCUCCGUUUUUGAAGUACAAAUGGCGGUAAAAAUGCACCGUCUCAUGCUUCAUGCCAGUUUUUGUCUUCUUUUUGUUACAGCAAACGCUGAAGACUGCAGUACAGAAGGAAAUGUGAGGUUAGUUUCAGCUGAUGGCGUUGCCGAAAAUGAAGGCAGGGUUGAAGUCUGCGUAAACGGAGUGUGGGGCACUGUAUGCGACGAUCGCUGGGGUGCAUCUGACGCCCGUGUUGUAUGCCAUCAGUUGGGACUAGUGGCUGAUUGUGAGUGCGAGUGCGGUACGAUAAUAAUUAUAUUUAAUUAUAGCUGAACCUCUAUUUCUACUAGAUGCUGAUGCCAUAUAUCGCUACAAUCCUGGGUCUGGCCCGAUUCAUUUUUCUGGAUUUCAUUGUUUUGGUAACGAGAACCGCCUUUUUGACUGUGCCAUUGAGCAAAAUUCCAAGAAUGUGACACUUUGUGGGCACAAUCAGGACGCUGGAGUAAGGUGUCCUAGAGUUCCUUGCAGAGAUAAUGACGUUCGACUCAAUGGUGGUAACGUAGUCCAGGUGUGUUUCAAUCAGCAGUGGGGCCUUGUGUGUGAGCAUUUAUACAGCUGGUCUUCAAUUGAUGCUGGAGUUGUGUGUGAUCAAGUUGGAAUUCAUUCUCAACUUCCCCGUGCUGCUCGUAGACCAAGACAGCCAUAUGAUGCCUCUGUCGUACUAAGCGGAGUUCGUUGUACUGGAUCAGAAACAAGACUCACUAAUUGCAGUGUUAUGCAAAGAGAUGACUUUGAUGCAUGCGAAUAUGUUGCUGUUGCUCAGUGUGAAGUCAAGGAGUCAUGUGAAGUGCCAAAUUCGAUUCGACUGACAACCACCUGGUUUAGAAACAGGACAAUAGGACGAUUAGAAAUGUGCUCAGGUAACGUUUGGGGAACGGUAUGUGGCAAUGGAGCAGCUAGAGCAAUUGCAGUGGUUGCUUGCAGAGAGUUGAAUCAUGCCGCUAAUGGAACUCUGUUUUUGGAAAGAAUACUGAGCUUCGUACCUCCUUUAAUUCCAAUUACUCGCACCAACAUGGUUUGCUCCGGAAAUGAGACAAACUUAGCUAAUUGCUCUUUUGAUGGAGUGUAUGGAGAUGCAAACUGUCAACACAGAGAUGACCUCUUCAUUACUUGCAUGGCACGGCAAUGCACUGAAAACAACAUUAGGUUGCGUGGUGGCCAUGAAAAUUAUUAUGGGAGAGUGGAAAUAUGCUUGCAUGGACUGUGGGGCACAGUGUGUGGUGAUAGGUGGGAUUCAAGAGAAGCUGCUGUUGUCUGCCGACAACUUCACCUUUAUGGAUCUUCAUAUACGUUAAAAAGUUUUCCUAAUCCCGAUGGACUACCAAUUCAUCUCGAUAAUGUCAAUUGUCAAGGCAAUGAGAGUAUGCUUAAUGAAUGCAGUCACCCUGGAAUUGGAAAUGAAAACUGUGCGGAAGGUUAUGAAGAAGCCGGGGUUAUAUGUACUGAUGUAAUGUGUGAAGAUGGAGCUGUUCAUUUAGUUGGCGGAUCUGAUAUCUCAAGAGGGAGAGUGGAGUUUUGCUAUCGUGGGAAGUGGUACACUGUGUGUGCAAGUACCUGGCGUGAUUCAGGCUAUGAAGCAAGAGUUGUUUGUAAGACACUUGACUACAAUGUGUUUCGUUAUGGAGAAUUCAUUUCUAAUUUUGGCAGAGGAUUUAGCCCUAUUCUACCGUAUCAAAUUAAAUGUGGCGUGGAUGAUCUUUCAUUGAAACAGUGUACAAAAACGGGGUUUGAUACAAGUGAAUGUGAACAUGUUGCUGGAGUCAUAUGUGGAGCUGAUUGUCAGAGUUCUGGUAUAACAGAUUGUACCGUGUGUGGGGAUCGUGUUGGUUGCCGCACCCAAUACAACUGUAACUGCCACUCAAGAUGCUAUGAAUUUGGAGACUGUUGUCCAGAUGUGUCUACUUUAAAAAACUGUGUUGUGAAGGAGUGUGAGUCAGGGGAAAUUCGUCUAGUUGGAGGAUUAACCAACUCUGUUGGGAGAUUGGAGCUCUGUGCUAAUGGAAUAUGGGGUAGAGUUUGUAAUAGGCUCCAGUACUGGGGACCUGUUAAUGCUAAGGUUGUGUGCAGACAACUGGGAUUUUCUGAAGUUGGUUCUUAUGUUGUUGAUAAUGCAACACUCUUUGGAGAGUCAGAAAGAAAUGCAGUCAUGGGAGAGGUUCAUUGCACUGGCGAUGAACCAGAGCUCCUGGAGUGCUCUCACACAGAUAUAGGACGUCACCUCUGUGGCUCUCAAUUCAAUCCUGUUCCAGAUAUUGCAAUUAGUUGCUAUGAUGAAGUUUCAAGUUGCGAAGAAGGGGAGGUGAGACUAUCCAAAAACUCCAGUGGUCAUGUAGAGUAUUGCCAGCACCGAACCUGGGGAGCCGUCUGCAGUGAAGGAUGGGAUGACAUCGAUGCUGGAGUUGCAUGCAGUCAACUUGGAUUCAAUCCAGCUGAUGCAAUAGCCAAAGGAAACUUCAGCCUGGCUGAAAGUAUACCUAUCUUUCUGAGCCAAGUAGAGUGCAAUGGAUCUGAGAUUGGACUCAAAGACUGUGUAAAAACUAUGCCUAAUGCAAGGUGUGAAUUUGCUGCUGGUGUGAUGUGCAAAAGGAGUUCUCCAAGUUAGUAUAAUUUUUUAUGAGUGCUCAAAAAGAAAUAUUCUAUGAGCUACCCUUGAAGAUUCAGGUGCAGAAAAAGGUGCAGAAAAAGGUGUUGCUGUUGCUGGAUCAGUGAUAGGAGGUGUCUUAGGCUCAAUCAUUGUGAUUGUACUAAUCAUUGGGGUGCUACUGAGGUAUAGAAAAUUUAAAAUACAGGAGAGGAAUCAAUUUCUGAAUUAUCAACUUGGCAUUCUUACAAGGCCUCAGUCAGGAGGAACUAACAGACCCCAGCAGGAACAUACAACUCAAACCUAUGAUGAUGGAAUAAACUGCAGUUUAGGAGUUAAACCAGAUGAAAAUCCGCAGAUGGUCUCCAGUGAAAAGCAUAUCCCAAUGGCUGCUGAAUCAUCUACUUCAGAUAAUAAUUGCUAUGCUAAUAAUCAGCCAAGUUGUCAUCAGAGCGUGAGUCGUACUAGGGUAUACUCACACCAUUUGAGGGAAUUAACACGUGGAAAGUUCAUUGUCAAGAAAGCAGACAUCACAUUGUUGGAGAUCAUUGGAGAAGGAGAGUUUGGUAUUGUCUACAAGGCCAGGUUGGGUGUAAUGCGAAAUUCAAGAGUUGUGGCUGUCAAAACUCUAAAAGGUGAUUUUGAUCAGGAAGAAAUUGACAGAUUUGUAGAGGAGAGUUUGAAGAUGAGUCGGUUCAAACAUGCUCAUGUUAUGGGUCUCAUUGGAGUGUGCCCUGAUGAAGAUUCUGCUCCUUUCAUUAUAAUGCCCUACAUGGCAAAUGGUAGCCUUCUCAAGUACCUUAAGAAUGAAAGAGAUAACAUAGUACUUUCAGAAGAAAAUGAUACAGAUGAGAUCAAGGACGUGUGUAAGCGCUUGUUGAUGAUGUGCAACCAGAUAGCAAGUGGGAUGGAAUAUCUUGCUGCUGGAAAAUAUGUGCACAGAGAUCUUGCUGCAAGAAACUGCAUGAUUGAUACUCAUUUCCUGAUAAAAAUCACUGACUUUGGUCUUUCGGAAGACGUGUUUCUGAGGAACUACUACAGGCAGGCUAAGAGUGAGGACACGGUGAGACUCCCAGUCAAGUGGAUGGCUCCAGAGAGUCUUGCUGAUGGUCACUUCUCAGAAAAGAGUGAUGUGUGGUCAUAUGGAGUAACUAUGUGGGAGAUUUUCAGUGGGGGUAAGGUUCCCUACCCAGGAACUACUCCUUUAUCCGUCAUUCAGACUGUAGAGGAGGGCCACAGGAUGUCCAAACCUUGCAAUGCUGCUUGCAACGAAGAAAUAUACUCCUUGAUGGUAAAGUGCUGGGAAAAGUCUCCAAAAGACAGACCAUCAUUCAGUGAAAUCUACAAAGAAGUUACAAAGUUCAUUGAGCGUGCAGCUGGCUACCUAGAUAUAAGCUUUAACCCCUUCACAAAUGAUUAAAAGGAACAAGCUCUGGACAAAGAUGCAAGGACAUUAUAGUUACUAGUCACAUACUAAACAUAGAUAAGUAGACAAACAAUAAUUGUGUUAGCCUAUAAUGUUUUAUUUCUGAAUGACUACUUAUAAUUAGCUUUACAUGAUUGAUUGUAGGGUGG